AUGGGGAUAAAGGGAAUCAAAAUGGGGCUCUGUUUUGCAGCUAUUAUGGUGGCGGGUUUGAUUGGGGAAUCCAUGGCUCAACGCCCACCUGAUCCGUGCAUUUCUGCGAUCGCUACGAUGUUACCAUGCCUCCCUUUCCUGAUGGCCGACGAGGAGAAACCGACCGCCGGUUGCUGUGCGGCAUAUUCCGGCGUACUUCUGUCUCAACCUAAUUGCCUUUGCGCCGACGUCAACGGCGGCGCUCCGCUGCCGCUGAUAAACCUCACCUUGGCCCACCAGUUGCCUUAUUCGUGUAAUGUCAAAGUUAAUGACCCGGAUAGGUCUCCAUGUCCAUCAAGUACUCCGACGGCCCCUUCCCCAACACCACCUUCAGGUGGAACAAAUAAUAGAGCUCCAAGUACAAGCCAGUCUGCAGGAGGAAACACCAUAACAAUAAUAAUGCCUCACAUUCAACUUAUUGCCUCUUUCCUUCUUGUGGCCAUUCAAGUUCUGUAGGCAUUGAU